GUUGAGUGGCAUUCCAUGCAAAUUACGCACUCUACCAGAACGGACUUAUCACACUGCAUAACAGUCCCUCUUGGUUGUAAAGCGCCGUUACUUGCAAACUACCAGUCGGCUAGUACACCACGCUAAGAGUAGAACUCCCGUGGCGCGCAUCAAGUUUCCUGUCUUCAUCAUUCUUAUUUCUCGCUUUUACCAGGAGAACUGAACAACCAAAGAUGCCGAAAUCUUUCCUUAUUAAGAAGUAUCACAAUGCAAUCUCCCAUUCACUAAGAUUCGCUCGUAUGUCGGUCCUAGACGAGCAAGUUUUCAGGCCGUUACGACCAUCUUCUACCUGCUUAGAUGAGUUUAUGUAUCACUCUGUUGAUAUGCAUGGCGAACCACCAAACACAAACUGUCCAGACCCCUGUAAGCUCGGCGCCGGUAAGGGAUCUCCCGAGACUCAUAACGCAUAUAAAGAUGAAAAGAGCGUAGAAGCCUUGGGCAUUCAAUGUACCAAAUAUGAGAACGUAGUGAACGAAGUACUCUCCGAAGAUGUAUCCAAAGAAAGCGACGGUGAAUCACGUGACUGUGAUUCUGGGUCAAGCCACUCUGGUUCUUCAUUCGGGGAUGAUUCAAUAUGCUCGGAUGGUGUUGACGAAUCUAAAAGACGCCAUUCCUGUCCACAGUGCAACAAGAAAUUCUAUGUGCAACGAAUCUUAAUGCGGCACCUGAAGUGUCAUAGUAAAGACAAACGCCAUCACUGCACGUACUGUGGAAAGGGAUUCAACGACAACUUUGAUCUAAAGCGUCACAUCAGAACUCAUACAGGUGUUCGUCCGUAUAAGUGCAGUGAAUGUGAUAAGGCCUUUACUCAAAGAUGCUCUCUCGAAUCCCACCUGAAGAAAGUUCAUUCGGUGAAUCUCGAGUAUGCAUUUAAAGAGCGGAGGGAGAAACUCCACGUGUGUGAGGAAUGCGGUCACACAUCACGGCGAACAGAAGAUCACUACACGCACGUGCGGGACACUCAUCCGUUUAGUACAGAAAUGAAGAAGAUCCAGAAGAAAGUGUACUCCACCACGAGCGAGAAAAUUGUUCAACAACCCCAGGAUCGAAUGUCAUGAAAACUGACAGACAAGUGUACGCUACGCCAAAAUGUGGUUAUAGUUGCACUAUAUGAAGAUGUAUAUUUUACAAAAAUGUGAACAUUUCUUCAUAUAUCCAACUCGCCGUGGUCUACUUCUUCAGGCGUACAAUUUGAAAUAUCGAACACAUUUCCAUGCCAACCAUGGAUAAUUUACAUAUCAUUUAAUGUCUGUUCAGUUAUUUUGUGCAUCACAAUUAUCAUUUUAUAAGAGUUAUGAUGAAUAUUAUAGGUAUUUGUGAUUCCUCGCUGUGGUUUACCGUUUCAAAAGUAAACCUAGCAUUUGUUGCAGGGGAACGUUUCCCAACAUUCCAUUUGUUUUGUAUAUGUAUAUAAACCAGAAAUUACGGAAAUAGAACGGGCAUUGUGGGUAUAAUAUUCAAGUGAUAUUAGUUAACCAGAAGUCUUGCCUCCUUGUCUAUGUACUGCCAUUUAAAGGAAUAUAAACAUGUUGUUUUAGGUUACAAUAAAUCGUAUACGUGAAGUCUCUGGAAAAUGUAA